CCUGAUCUGGACCAAUCCACGCCGCGAUCCGAAAAUCUCUUCUUCCUUUUUGCCUCCUCUUGUGCCUACACAACCCGGGCCUGCUGCAGCAGACUAGCACUCAGUCAGAUAUAGAAGUGGUCGAACUCGUCCAUUGUUCUUUCUGCCCUCGUCUCUUUGACCCGUUGGUCUCGUCCUUUCAGUGACAGUCGAUAAUUACCCACUAGACCCGCUCUGAUGGCGCGGCAACCGCCCUCCACACCUAGCAACGCCCCGGUCACCGCAUCAGCCCUUUCAGUUGCGCACCUCCACGACGGUGGGUCGGCUUCCUCCUGGGAUGCUCUUGGUGCUACAACCUCCAUUCGACGUCCAACCCAGCCCAUGUCCUCCCCGUUGCUGGCCGUCCGGGAGCAGAACGCGUAUCUAAUGCCGACAAGCCCAGCCAAAAGCCGUCGGGGCAGUGCUGAUUACCGUCCCAGUAUAAAAAAGGCCGUCGGCAAUAUCCCCGCAUGUCUCGUGAAUGCUUCUGUUACCUAUUGUGGCAAUGAUCAGAUCUACGCCUUUGGGGGUUUCGACCAAUUCACUGACGAAGUGUACAAUCACGUUCUUCGGCUUAACCUGAACACGCUGUCAUGGGACUUGGUCGAUAACUAUGGCGAUAUCCCGGGUGUUCGCAUGGGACACACCGCUUCUCUAUACGAGGGAAAUAAAUUACUUGUGUUCGGUGGUGAAAAUGAGCACCGUGAAUACCUUUCCGACAUUGUGAUCCUGGACAUUCCGUCGUCCACGUGGACACAACCUGACAUCAGAGGUCCUGUUCCCCGAGGUCGGGCUCGCCAUGCCUCCGUUAUCUACGAAGACAAACUAUUCGUAGUCGGUGGGGUAACUGGGGAAAGCAAUCUAAUUCUCGAUGACCUGUGUUAUCUGGAUCUAAAAACAUGGACAUGGUCGAGGACAUGGAGCUUCACACCCCGUUUUGACCACACUGCGUGGGUCUGGGGAGGUCGAUUAUGGAUAUUUGGAGGUCUCGGUCGAGACAUGGAACGCACUACUGAUCUGUGGUGGCUAGACCUCAAAGGUAGUCCGACUUUGGGCAUGACUCACGAGGAAUCACAAGGGACACUAAGUCACCCGACUCCAAGUCCUGGCGCCUCUCUUAGUCCGCCGAGGCAACUGUCUAGCCGGUCCAACGGAUAUGCAGCAAACUCGGCCAGUGUGCAAAUUCGUUCUUUCGUGCGAAGAAAACCAACGGCACCGGGUGCGAUAUCAUCCCUUCGAUUUCGCUCGGGCCCGCAUGUUCCAUCCUUGCUCUCAGGCACUCAUUUCCAUGUCUACUCUUCUGGUCUGCUUUUGGAUUUAAUCACGCCUUCUGAAACUGUACGGCCUUACGAAUGUAAUUUGUCAUCGCUCGAGCUGGAUUCCCUACGAUGGCAAAGACUUGCCGAUGGCCAAGAGGUUUUUCGUCCAGGUUAUAGGUGGCAUUAUUGCACAAUUAAUGAGGAUGGCACUAAAGCGUGGUUACUUGGGUGCAACAUUGAAAAUCCUACUGGUGCAGGUGACGACAAUCAGCUGAACGAGAUUCUUUGCCUGGACUUGGAAAAAUACGGACUUCUUGGCAAUGAUCUUGUUUCAGAGUCAUCAGAACAAAACCGCAUCCUUGCUUCUGAGCGUCAAGGGCCUUCGCAGAAUGGUGGUCUCGGCGCUGACCUGCUAGCGGUUUUCGACCAAGACCCAGAGACCGGCAGUGGUACUGACUUUAUCAUUACUGCUGAUCGUGAUGAUCAGGAUGCAGAGGAGGAGAUAUCCCAACCACCUUCGCCAUUGCAGGUCCAAUCCGAACCCGCAUUUAUCUCCCCUACUGCCUCAACCUCCGUGCCUAUUCACGUUCAUCGCAUUAUCUUACAAGCUAGAUGGCCUCACUUUAAACGACUAUAUUCUGCGCAGAUGGCAGAGUAUCAUACGAAAAGGAUGCACAUACCAGAGCCUUACUCUGUCGUCCGGGCAUUUCUAUACUACCUAUAUAGUGACAGUAUUUCAGACCAUCCUCAGUUUUGCACCAGCAUCCUUGAUGUUGCCGGCAUGUUAGUCAUGGCCAACCUCUACGAUAUGCCGAAGCUACGUUUGCUCUGCGUUAAUCGAUUGAGUCGUGAGCUCGACGUCGAAAACGCAGCCAUCAUUUGGGAGAGAGCCGGUCGAACCAACGAAGAUUGGCUUCGUCGUCGUGCCGCACAGUUUUGCCUGACGCAUUGGGGUCGAAUCGUACGAACGGCAGGAUUCAAAUCGCUAAAUCGACAAAGCCUCAUUGAGCUCUGUGAGGUUGUCGAUACGGAAGGCAGAAUCGUAGCAGGUCCUGAGCUAGAAUUCGUCGGGGCUCUUGGCUCUGGUACGUUGGGAUCCAAGCGACCGCGGCUCACUGGGAACUCGCUCGUGGAUGAGAUGGAUGAGCUUGAAGGAGACGAAGAAGACGGUAUGGAACUGUCGUAAGGCGUCAAUUUCAUUCCCGUGUCCUCAUGACCGCCUAUCCUGGGCUUGGAGGGCCUCGUUUCUAAGGUUAUUUCGAUUAACGGAGUAUGGGUAGCGGUGGUUGCAUGAAUAGGCGUAUCUAAAUAUUCAAUCGGAUCUGUUAUUACUUUUUAUGAAGUAGACUACUUUGCGCGUAAUUGGCGCGAUAAACUGCA